UUGCUGUUUGCUAUACUGAAUUGGGCCUUUUUAUAUCUUGGUACAAUUGUGAAUUGAAUUGUGCUGAAUAGUAUUAAGGCCGAAUACAGUAUACUAAAACCAUAAACCCAUCACAAUUCCUUGUUUCUUCUACUCUCAAGUCUCAAUCAAUUUCAUCUUUCCUCCACCCUUCAUCCUUCUUUCUGCGAAACCAGAAAAAAAAUCAUCAAUGUUGAGUGCAAUUUCAGCUCCAAAUAAUCUAAUACCAUUUCCAAAAACAACCCAUUUGAGAGCAAAGCAGUUUGCUCCGAAUAGUUUUCGGGUUUCAGCGGUUAGUUCUUCUUCCGACCCAAAAGAAACCAGCUUGGAGUACACCCCUUGGCUUAUUGUUGGUCUUGGUAACCCUGGAAAUAAAUACCAUGGAACUCGCCAUAAUGUGGGAUUUGAGAUGAUUGACAAGAUCUCACAGACGGAGGGCAUUGUGUUGAACACCAUACAGUCAAAAGCCUUGAUAGGAAUAGGUUCAAUUGGGGAAGUACCUAUUGUCUUGGCCAAACCUCAAGCAUAUAUGAAUUUCAGUGGGGAAUCGGUUGGACCGCUGGCUGCAUAUUACAAAGUUCCUUUGCGCCACAUCUUAUUGGCUUAUGAUGAAAUGAGCUUGCCUAAUGGCGUCUUAAGGCUUCAGCCAAAAGGAGGACAUGGACAUCACAAUGGAGUUAAGAAUGUGAUGGGACACUUAGAUGGGCGGAAGGACUUCCCUCGGCUAAGCAUAGGUAUCGGGAAUCCUCCGGGAAAUAUGGAUAUGAAAGCUUUUCUUCUACAAAAGUUCAGUCCUAUAGAAAGAAGACAGAUUGAUGCUGCUUUGGAACAAGGUGUUGAGGCUGUAAGAACCUUAGUGCUUAGUGGAUUUACGGGAAGUAUUACGAGAUUUAAUCUUGGGCAGAAGUACAAGUAUCACAAAGUCUGAAGGAAGAAGUGUAAAUCCAACAAAUUAUCCAUGUAGGUACAAAUUGUGUCACUCUCGAGUCUUAAUGGCCAAGGCGACAUAUAUGGGUUCUUCUAGUCCUGUUCAAAGGAUUUAAGAGUUCCUUGCAUUGAAAUUAGUAAUUGACUGCUCCGCUCUGCAUCGAGUUUUCUGGGUAAAGCUUGAGUUGUGUUGGCAACCAGCGUACAUAUGGUCUUCAGUAGAGCACAGAUUGAAUCUUACUUGUUUUGGCCUCCCUCACGUAAGAUUUGUAGAGAUGUUAAGUCCUGGCACUCACUUUUAUAACACUAUUAGUUGAAAUGAUUUGUUUAGCUUCAUCACUAGAAUACCAAAUUUCUGUUUAUAAAUGUCCUAAAUAAUGCAACCAAUGAACCAAAUUUGACUUGUCUAAAAUUAUUUAAACUUGUAGUUGUGAUUUUGUGAAUUUAACUUCUUGUAAUUAAUACAGUUGUUGUGAAUUAAACUUGUUGAAAUUA